UUGUUAAGAAGCAUAUAAAGGGUGUGCAAGCAGCAGUGAGGCAUAUAUCUACUGGGCACAGGUGAACGAACACAUACAGAGGGACAAAAUGAACUCUCUGACAUUUUGGGCAGGUGCUCUGCUUCUAUUGAGCGUCAGUCUAUGGAGCUUUACAACAGCUCAGGACGAUGGGGCAGCGGAUUGUUGUCUAAACACCAGCAACCGACGCAUCCCGCAGAAGGUGGUGAAGUCCUUCACCAUUCAGACCGGUGAUGGAGCCUGCAGAAUUCCUGCCACUAUAUUUGUCACAAAGAAGGGCUUGAAGCUCUGCGCACCCUUUCCAAGCGACGAUAACUGGGUGAGCCCACUGAUCGACUACAUACUAGCAGGACCUGUAAAAAAACACCAAAAAUCUAGAGGAAAGAAGCAGAGACAACAGUAAAUGACACCAUCACAGAUUAUGCAGGUCCAGCCUGCUCUCACACUACAUGCAUGAAUGAUACUGAUACUGGAACAGAUAGCUGAUAUUACUUAACCUUAAUAGUAAAUAUUCAUUAACAGGUUUGCUAAAUGUGUACUCUAGUGGAGCAGGUCAAGUGUAAAUCUACUGUAAUAAGAAUAAGCUUUACAAUAUAUGAGCUAUUUUUGAAAUGUGAACCCUUCCCCUACAUGGUCUUCAUGAAGAGAUUUUAAGCUAACUAAUUUCUAAUUUCCAUCACUUUCUGAGUUUGUAUUCUGUCUACAUUGUAUAAAGUUACUGAUUCCUGAGCCAUUGAAUGAAAAUAUUUUUCUAUAUUUUCGCUUUCUAUUUUGGAAUAUAAAUAAAAGAUUUUACCAUUUUAAAUAUGA